UGCCAAAAUUUCCAAAACAUCGUCGCACGCAAACUCGAAAAUGUAACGUUACCAAAACAAUAUUCUCUGAAAUCUUUAUAAAAUUCUAUGAAACCUAUUAAAUAAAUAGUUACAGUCACAGGACUUACUUUCAUGUCCCCUAAUAAGUGUGAAAAAUACCGUGAUGGGUCGAACACAGAGGAAAAGAAAACAAAACAAAGUGCGCAACUUUCGUACUUGUGACGAUGAGAAAGAUUUGAUAUUAUUGAACACUUGGCUCUCUAAACAGAGUAUAAGGCGAAACGAAAAGCUAGUUCUAGCUGUCUUCGAGGAUACUGGCCGAGGAGUGCUUACAAAAAGGAAGAUAUUGGCGGGCGAAGAGCUGAUCAAUUUGCCUCUGAAUUCGACUUUGAAUGUGAUCACAAUACUGACAGAUCAGGCUUUUUGUAGUAUAUUUUUAGAGAAUAAAUCUUCAUGCUUACUAGAUUACAAGCAGUCAGUCUCAUUCCAGUCUCUUCUAGCUUUUUAUUUGACCUAUUUGAAAGUACAAGGUAGUGAGACAAAGUGGCACUUGUAUUUGAAUAGCCUACCCAGAGAAUAUACUGUGCCAUAUUUUUUACCCAGCAAUAUACAAUGUGACAUUCACUCCGAUAUACAGACAGUGAUAUCCAAGCAAACGGACAUAAUAAGGUCUUCUUAUGAUAUUUUUUAUACAAUUUUACGAUCAAGUGCAAGUAAGAAUAACUUUGUGGCAAAAUUUCAAAACAACUUUGAUGUGUCUGUAUAUGAGUGGGCCUAUUUUACAGUGAACACUAGAUGUGUGUUUAUGGACUUAACAAAUGUGCUAAAUCUUAAAAAUGUCAGCGACUCCAUACUUAACUUGAUUAACGACAACACAAAAAUAUCACUAUGCCCUUACUUGGACAUGAUAAAUCACAGUCCAAAUGCUAGAAAUGAAACCAAAUUGAUGGUACGGAAGAGUAUGGAGAAUGUCAACAUUGUGAAUUUAGAUCAAGAUUUUUUUUCAGAUGUGUGGUUUUCAAUUUAUACAAAAAACAAUUUUGAACCCUUUACCCAAGUGUUCAUUUGCUAUGGUGAUAGUCAUAAUUUAAAAUUGAUCACUGAAUAUGGAUUUUUUCUGCCAGAUAAUGACUUGGACUAUGUGUGUUUUCCAUUUGAAGAUAUUGUAACAUAUUUAGGUACCAAAUCUAUCAAACUGUCUCAAGAACAAUGUUCGUUUAUAACUAGUCAUGGUCUAAAUAAAGACUUGUACAUCGAUUUUAGAGGCCUAAGUUUUAAUUUGUAUGGACUUUUAAUGGUUGUAAAGUAUUACUAUGAUCACAGUAAAGAUGUAAGUCGGCUGCUUUAUUCAGCAGCUGUAUGUUCUAGCAAUAAAGAUUUAAAUGAUCUAAUUACACCACUUGUUAUGAACAAGGUGAAAAAUAUCAAAGAAUCAAUUAAUAGAUUAAGGAAUAAUGAUAGUAGAAGUGUUAUUUUAAGUAAUUGUGUAGAGCUCAUGUGUCAAUAUGUUAAUAUAUUAGAGAAAUUUAUUAAAUGUUAG